UCUCAUUGUUUCCCCCUCUGUGCUCGUCGGUCAGAGUCGUGCUGAUCACAGCGUUAAGUGGACCGCUCUCAGAUUUGGGAUGAGGCAUCUGUGCAGUGCAUCGCUGACCUUUCUCCUGGUUCUAUGUCUUCUACCAGGUUGCCUCUCGGCUCACGGCCGCUAUGCUCAGAAGCUGCUCACUGACCUGUUCACCAAAUACACCAACGCUCUGCGGCCGGUGGAAGACACCGACCACAUCAUCAACGUCACUCUGCAGAUCACACUGUCCCAGAUCAUCGACAUGGAUGAGCGGAACCAGAUCCUGACCACCUACCUGUGGGUGCGCCAGGUGUGGAUGGACGCCUACCUGACCUGGAAGAAGGAGGACUACGACGGCCUCGACACCAUCCGUAUUCCCAGCAGCUACGUGUGGAGGCCCGACAUUGUUCUGUAUAACAGUGCAGAUGAUGAGUUCUCCAGCUCCAUGGAGACCAACGUGGUUCUCCAUAACGACGGCCAGGUCAUGUGGGACCAGCCGGCCAUCACCAAAAGCUCCUGCUCAGUGGACGUGGCCUUCUUCCCUUUCGAUGUGCAGCAGUGCCACCUCACGUUUGGCUCCUGGACUCACAACGGAAACCAGAUGGACCUGUUCAAUGCUUUGGACAGUGCCGACCUGGCCGACUUUGUCCCUAACGUGGAAUGGGAAGUUUUGGGAAUGCCAGCCAAGAAGAAUGUCAUCCUAUACGGCUGCUGUUCAGAUCCGUACCCUGACAUUACCUUUAGCCUCCACCUAAAGAGACGCGCCUCCUUCUACAUCUUCAACCUACUCAUCCCCUGCAUGAUGAUCUCCUUCCUGGCUCCGCUGGGCUUCUACCUGCCAGCAGACUCGGGUGAGAAGGUGUCUCUGGGCGUGACGGUGCUGCUGGCCCUCACUGUGUUCCAGCUGCUGGUGGCUGAGAGCAUGCCACCCUCCGAAAGUGUCCCACUGAUCGGAAAGUACUACAUUGCUACCAUGACGAUGGUCACUGCAUCCACAGCGCUCACCAUCUUCAUCAUGAACAUACACCACUGUGGCUCAGAGGCUCUUCCUGUCCCACAGUGGGCCGAGCGCUUCAUUCUCAACUACCUUGCAAGGAUCUGCUUUGUGUAUGAGGUCGGAGAAAACUGUCUCAGUGGUACCUCAUCCAGGAAACAGCCUCUGUCACAGGAGGAGUCUGAAGCCCGGUCCGUCAGCAGUGACAACCUCAAAGAAACAAAUUGUGGCAUGAACGGUGAAGCGUGGAGCAGCAAUGUGGAGAAGGACCUGAGCCUGCAGACGGGCUGCAAAGAGGGCCUGUUUGUCACCAUUAACCACCUAGAGGAGGAAGGAGCUGCUGGAGGAGGCUCAGGGCAGAGAGAGGAGGAAGAGCAAGUGGAGGAAAAAAAUGGAGUAGGAGGAGAACGAAGCAGAGCAGGAGAGGACCGGAGGCAGAUCCUGGUCCAGACCCGCUGCCAUUGCCAGAACCUUGGGCUGCGAAAGAACAUUGAGUACAUUGCCAACUCCUACCAGGACCAGCGGGCGGCGCAGCUGCGCAUAGGGGAAUGGCGUAAGGUCGCCAAGGUCAUGGACCGCUUCUUCAUGUGGUUGUUUUUCAUCAUGGUCUUCGUCAUGAGCAUCCUCAUCCUCGGCAAAGCCAUCUGACAGAAAUAAGCUCCAGUGACCUGGGAGGGAGGCUGGGUUUGUUCAGACAUCAGCUGGGUUAAGGCUGGAGGACGUUAUGGUAUUACAGCGAACACAUUGAUGCUUCACGUGCUUCACAGCUCACGUUUAUUCACUGUUGGUUUCAUUUAAAUACUGUACGGUCUGCGUCUGCGCAGUAGCCGAGCGAGACCGUGUGCAGGUAUUAAUGCUGCAGGUUCCGCGCAGGAGCGGAAACAAAAAAAUAAAAGUGUUCUCACAUAAAAGUGGACGUGAAGCAAAGUUUACCACCAAAACAGACAGACAGACAGAAAUGAAGGAGAAGACCCUGUGUACAUUUUACAUUAGACUAGCGACUAGUGUUGACAGGAUGAUAUUUAGGGGCACACGGGUUUUAUGUGCAACAGGAAUUAAUAUUAGGGCCAUUAAAUGUUUUAGUGACCAAGAAGCCACCGAUCUGGUACCAGCUUCAGAUCUGAUCCCAACCACUCUGUUUGUUAAAAUGAAGGAUUAUCGUUAAACCAGGCACCUCGUUACAAUGUUGCUGACUGUAGCUGCAUUUGUGCAUCACAGAUUAUUUGUAUGUUGAUGAAAUAAAAAGGUUUCCUGUUGA